ACGAUAUAAAUUAGAGCAUUUUGGCAAUGAUGGAUAUCAGUUACCGAGUUGUGCUCCGACAAGCAAAGCAGAACAGACAGUUCUUUUCAAGUGCCAUAAAUCAAAACGAUUAUGUUCCGACUGUUGAUUGCCUCAUCGUUGGUCGCCAUGACCCUGGCUGGCCCAAUUGCUCAGUUGCACGAAAACCCGGAUGCUCACGCCCAAAUUCUUGCCUACGAGAAUGUUCUGCACGAAGAUGGACACUACAAAUGGGCCUACCAGACCAGCAACGGAUUGGCCGCUCACGAAGAAGGUCUCGGUGCGCAUGGUGCCAACGGAGAGUUUUCCUACACCGGCCCAGAUGGCGUUCAGUACCGUGUGGUCUACGUUGCCGAUGAGAACGGAUUCCGUCCAGAGGGAGCUCAUCUGCCUACUCCUCCACCAACCCCAGACCAUGUGCUUAAGUCCUUGGAGGAAAUCCGUGCCAAUCCACCGAAGGACCAGAAGGAUUUCAGUCUAGAAGCCCUGGAUGCCACCAUUCGUCGGCUGCAGCAUUAGACUCACUGGGCUCACUCGGACCGUUAGCUGAAAUUGUUGAUCUUGUUCGUGACACUGUUGACCUGAGACCAUGUUUGGUAUGAAUUUCUGUUUCCACACCAAACACGUUCAAAAUACUUGUUCAUUCGACAUUUUUGUAAAUAGUUAAAAAAUUUAGUCAUAAGUAGGCAAAUGUUUGUUAUAAAGUACCAAAUGAAAUGAAA